AUGCGAUACUUAUUGGCCCAUCCUCCUUUGUCACUUGAUACUACCGACUUAUCGCCCCAGAAGCCGGUGUCGGAUAAAUCCGCUCCGACCGCUUUCCCCGGAGAUUCGCAGAGCCAGAUUUAUCCCGGCAGAUCGUACAUUCGCGUGGCGAAAAAUUCAAUGAUGGACCUUAUACCAGCACCCGGCGGGGAGAGCUCUUCGUUGAAGAAUCCGGUGGUCGAAGUGGAAGCCGUCGAUAUGACCUCCGCGGAAGUGGAAGGGACCGUUGCGACAGAGAAUCCUCUCUCUGCGCAAGGCAAUGUAUCUCCGUCGGAAGAGGACUCGGAUAGUGGUGAAUCGGGAGACGAAUGGGAAACACAGUCACUCUAUGAAGACGCUAUCCAAGUCCUUCGUGACGAGCAACUUCGGGAAGGGGUAGUACCUGAUGCUUGUACAUUAGACGAGGCGAUUGCAUUCCGAAACCGCCUCCAUGAAGUUGGCAAGGCCGCGUUCGUUGAGGAAACUAUUGCCCAGGACAAAGUAACGGCGAAGAAGCUAUGCACUGCAUUUGGGAUCAUGCCCCCGGCUUUCCUUGAGGGCGCGCCGGACGAGGCCUAUCACCCUUUGCUUGCGAUUGGGAUCUCGCAAGAGUUCUCUCGCCGGAAGAAGCUUCCACAGUAUAACACGAUCGACGAUGCGGUCAAGUUACUUCAGGAGUCUAAGAAUAUUAUUGUUUUGACGGGCGCUGGUAUCUCCACGAGUCUCGGUAUCCCCGAUUUUCGGUCCAAGGACACCGGACUCUACUCGCAAUUGGCGCAUUUGGGUCUAAGCGAUCCGCAGGAAGUUUUCGAUAUUCAUAUCUUCCGCGAGGACCCGAGCAUCUUCUACUCGAUUGCGAAGGAUAUUUUGCCUACUGAGAAGAAAUACUCGCCAACUCAUGGGUUCAUUCGACUUUUGCAGGAUAAAGGAAAGCUCCUGACCAACUACACCCAGAACAUCGAUAAUAUCGAGGCGAACGCAGGCGUUCUUCCCGAGAAGAUUGUGCAGUGCCAUGGCUCAUUUGCCACGGCCACCUGUGUUAAAUGCCAGUAUCAGGUGUCAGGCGAUGCGCUCUACGAGGACAUCAGGAAGGGGAACGUUCCUGAAUGCACUUCCUGCCAGAAGGAGAUUGAGGAAGACUCUUUGAGGCCACAGGGGCAAAAGCGCAAACGUAGCACGAAUGGGACACACAAGAGCCGAAACUCUGAUGGGGACGAGAGCUCUGAAGAGGAAGACUACGAGCUCCCUACCCCCGGGGUGAUGAAGCCUGACAUCACCUUCUUUGGCGAAGAUCUUCCCGACGAGUUCGGACAGCGUCUGAUUCGCCAUGACCGUGACAAGGUAGAUCUGGUCAUCGUCAUUGGUACCUCGUUGAAAGUCGCUCCUGUAGCAGAAGUGCCAGGCGUGUUACCCCGUCAUGUGCCUCAGAUCUAUAUCUCUCGGACUCCCGUGUCGCAUACGGGCUUUGAUAUUGAUCUCUUAGGCGAUUGCGAUGUGGUGGUGUCUGAGCUCUGUCGACGGGCUGGAUGGGACUUCAAACAUGAGAUGAUUCCUCCCGACGAAAAGGUCGAAAUCACUCCUGCUGAAGGAUAUGAGUCACGACAUGUGUUUAAGGUCCACGAGACUUUUCGACGACCGGAAAUCGAGUCUCUGGCCGCUCUGGCCGGAAUUGAUCUGGAAAUCCUAUAUUACGACCAAUUUUCACCAUACUGCGUAGUAAAACUACCCAAUGAGGCAGAUGCACGCACCCUGAUUUCGCGCAGUAUCUUAGCCAAAGAUAUCUUCGAACUCUGGGGCCAAGGCACCAACUAUGAGGAAGUGCACGCCGACGUCCGCAGGCGGACCCAGCACCGCUGGGAUGAGUUCCAGAAAGUGUCGUUCCGGUUCACGAUCGACUCAUUUUCUGGGAAGCGCAGCAUGGAGGCCAAGCGAGCCAUCAUCCAAUCGUUCGCGUAUCUGGGCUUCGACGGUCCCAUCCGGAUGAAGAACCCCGACGAGGACUUCUGGGUCCUGGAAGACUUCGUUUCAGACAUUGAGAUCGCGACGAGAGCGCCCGGUGCAACACACGCCUACAGCGACGUCCAGGACCCCAGGAAGAUCUAUCUCGGUCGCUGGAUUGCGAACAGCAGUCGCGAUAUCGUCCUGAAAUACGACUUGAAGAAACGCCGCUAUAUCAGUACCACGUCUAUGGACGCCGAGCUGAGCCUCGUCACGGCCAAUAUGGCCCACGCUGCCCCCGGGAGACUGUUCUAUGACCCUUUUGUUGGGACGGGGAGCUUCUGUGUUGCGGCAGCGCAUUUUGGAGCCUUGACCUGUGGGUCUGAUAUUGAUCCACGGAGUUUCAAGGGCAGGGAGAAGAAGGAGAAGGCGCCUAUGGGGUUGUUUACCAACUUUCAGCAAUAUGGCAUUGAGGGCAAGUUUAUGGAUGCGUUCUCUUCGGACUUGACGAACACACCGCUGUUGAAUCGUCAGUUCUUGGAUGGUAUUGUCUGUGACCCUCCGUAUGGUGUCCGUGAAGGCCUUAGGGUUCUGGGCACUCGGGACGGUAGUGGUCGAGAAGAGGUUAUCAUUGAUGGCGUUCCAGCGCAUUAG